GUUGGCGUACAGCCAUCUCUCAUGUUUCUGCUCGUGGUGGUCCCACUCAGCGGAGGAUGCGGCUGUUUGCUGUCUCAACUUUGCUCCUGUCCUUCUUCAGCUCAGGGCUGGCUCUUCAGAUUCAGUGUUAUCAGUGUGAGGAGAUGACACAUGACUGCUCCACGCCAGAGUUCAUCGUCAACUGCACCGUCAACAUGCAGAACAUGUGCCAGAAGGAGGUUUUAGUGAAGGAAAAUGGGAUACUCUACCGCAAGUCCUGCGCCUCAUCAGGAGCCUGUCUUAUCGCUUCCUCUGGCUACCAACAGUUCUGCACCGGCAAGCUCAACUCAGUGUGCAUCACCUGCUGCAACACACCACUGUGUAAUGGACCGCGGCAGAAGAGACGGCCACAGCCAUCCUCUGCAAUCACCCUGAACACUCUGCAGCUCCCUGUGUUUUCUCUGCACACCCUCCUCCUGCUGUCCUCCAGCUUGUGCUGACAGACCUUUAAGAGUGAAGACAUGUCUAGAAAAUGAUCUCAAAUUCAAACUGGAGACAGUCAGAACUGGAACUGUGUACGCUGAGACAUAUAUCCUUUCAAAUGUAAAAAUCUGAAUGAGCUCUAACAGUAUCUGGUUUGAGUUUUUGGUUUUCUGUUGCACCUUGCUUCUGGAGUUCAAACAGAAAAAAGAAAAAACUGCACAGCACAAGAAAAUAGUAUCAUGAUUUAUCAGAUAGUGGCACUGCCUUAGAAGUAACUGGCUGAGGUUAUGUAUAAGACAAUAGCUAAAUAUAGGUGAAUUUACAGGACUCACUGAUCCCCAAGUCUUAUUUAUUCACUUAGCAAAGUCACAAAAAUAAGAAUAGAUUCUUGUAAAGAAAGAUCUUCAAAAUACACAGUUUUUGCUGUAAUAAUACUAUUAUCUGGAACUGUAUUUAUUUUUCAGUUCAUUUACAGGUUUAUAAAUUAAGAAAGACAACAUGGCAUGUUCAGUUAUUUUGGGUUGGGGGGACUUUGUUUAAUUUAUUGUGCCUGUCAUACGGUUUCUGCAAAUUUUCACAGAGCUGCAGAAGCUUGUUUAUUCUUCUUCUGGCUGUUCAGUACAGUGUGCAAACCAGUUUGCAGUAGGAAAGAAAAGAAGUUUUUUCCUCUGUCGCCACCUUAAAGAUCUGAAGCAGCUCCUUAAGAAAAAAGGGAAACAUGGGGCCUCCAUCAAUACAGAGUAAUCCAGGCUCAACAUGGGAGUCCAAACUCGUGAGGAUAGAGAGAUGCUGUCCAAUCAGUUUGCAAGUGGCACAACAGCCUCCUUGCUAAUACUAUUAGUUGAUCACAGCUCUGGUAAAGAUACACUUCGAACAGCUUUAUGUUGUUGUACUGUUCCAACCAAUCUGAAAUAAAUAAAUGAAUAAAGUUAACAUAAAGUUGACUGUGCAGCCUCAGGUUCAUCUGGGCGGGGAGCUGGUGAGAUAAAGGAUAAAACAAGAAAAAAAAACAUAGGAUACUUAUCAAACUCACACAAAUCAGCUUCCUGAGUCCUCUCAAGAAAACAAAAAGAUUAGGAAUAAGAAGUUAUUUGGUCUGUAUUAGAAGCUCAAUGCAUGUUGCAGCAGUCAUGGUUAUUCACCAGCUUCAGUCAGCAGUGAUGGAAAUAUGACAUAAAAAGCAAACAUGCUCGUUUUCUGUCCAUUUACAGUGCAAUACUGUCAUCAACAAUCACUAUAAUGCUGGAAAUGACUUAUUUCAAGCAGUAUUAAAAUGAUGUUGAAAAGACUAAUGUGAAACGAUAGAUUAAAUAACUGCUGUACAUUGCCACUGUGUAAUAGACGUUUUUCCUUCCUCUUAAAAGGACAUUGUUCCUUUCCACCGUCACCUCCUGCAUGCUCAGGAUGGGGGAUUGAAUCAAAGUCAAGACUCGAUGCGAUCUGUUGUUUUUCCUUAACUAGGCUAUUAUUUAUUAUGAAAUGACUUGAAUUGAUUUGUCUGUAAAGUGCCCUGA